GUUGAUCUGAACAAGCUGUGAAAACAGAGGAAGAGGUUAGCUUCAGCGUAAACAUCAACAAGGAAGUGGCUAACGUAGAGUUGAUGUUUCAGAGAUUAUUUUUCUUUCUUUUUUUAACGAAAAUAAAUAAGCACUAAGAUGGAAUAAUUGUUCUUUUUCACAACGGACAGUGAGUAAAUCUCCUGUUCUGACAACCUGCCUGUCUUUUUGUUGUUGUUGCUAAAGCUAAUCCGGAAAGCUAACCCAGUCAUCUCCUAGAUCAGCGAUGGAGGGCUCUAAGUCUUCCAGCACCACCAUGCAGGUGAGCUUCGUGUGUCAGCGGUGCAGCCAGCCGCUCAAACUGGACACCUCCUUCAACGUCCUCGACCGAGUCACCAUCCAGGAGCUCAUCGCCCCGGUGGUCACGGUGACUCCCAGCGUGAAACAGGCGGACAGCAGCGGAGGGGAGGCCGCACCUGAGGAAACAUUUGUGGAAAACAAGCAAGAUGGAGUGUCCAGAAAGUACAUCCCUCCUGCACGGAUGAUGUCGACUGAGAGCGCCAACAGUUUCACACUGAUCGGGGACGCUUCGGAUGGUGGAACCAUGGAGAAUCUUAGUCGGAGAUUGAAGGUAACCAGUGACCUGUUUGACAUCAUGUCCGGCCAAACGGACGUGGAUCACCCUCUGUGUGAGGAAUGCACCGACACUCUGCUGGAUCACCUGGACACGCAGCUCAACAUCACAGAGAACGAGUCCCAGAACUACAAACAGUGCCUGGAGCUUCUAUCAAACCUACAGGUGGAGGAAGAGGAGACUCUGUUGGCAGAGCUGCAGCAGCUGAAAAACGAGGAGGAGACGUUGGUCCAGGAGCUGGAGGCUGUGGAGGAGCAGAGGGCUGCUGUGGCUAAGGAUCUGGUCCAGAGCAGGAUUCAGUCUCAGCAGCUGGAAACAGAGGAGCUCCAGUACCAAAAGGAGUACAGCGAGUUUAAACGGCAGCAGCUGGAGCUGGACGACGAGCUGAAGAGCGUCGACAACCAGAUGCGUUACUGCCAGAUUCAGCUGGAUCGGCUCAAGAAGACAAACGUUUUCAACGCCACGUUUCAUAUCUGGCACAGCGGCCAGUUCGGCACCAUCAACAACUUCCGCCUGGGUCGGCUUCCCAGCGUUCCCGUGGAGUGGAACGAGAUCAACGCAGCCUGGGGGCAGACGGUGCUGCUGCUGCACGCCCUGGCCAACAAAAUGGGCCUGAGGUUUCAGAGAUAUCGGCUUGUCCCUUAUGGAAACCAUUCGUACUUGGAGUCGCUGACUGACAAGGCAAAGGAGCUGCCGUUGUACUGCUCGGGUGGCUUGAGGUUCUUCUGGGACAAUAAGUUUGAUCACGCCAUGGUGGCCUUCCUGGAUUGCGUUCAGCAGUUCAAAGAAGAGGUGGAAAAAGGAGACACCGGCUUCUGCCUCCCGUACAGGAUGGACGUGGAGAAGGGAAAGAUCGAGGACACGGGAGGCAGCGGAGGCUCCUACUCCAUCAAAACGCAGUUUAACUCCGAGGAGCAGUGGACCAAGGCGCUGAAGUUUAUGCUCACCAACCUGAAGUGGGGGCUGGCUUGGGUCACGUCGCAGUUCUACAACAGAUAAAACACGCUGGACUCGAGAUAUUCACACUGACUGAAAGCCCAUGAGCAACCUGUGCGAUGGUUCCUAACCUGGAUUUCCAGCCAAUUGAACCCGGAGUUGCAAAAUUCCCUGGAUUGUGAAAACUUAUUAAUUCGGGUUCAAACUUGUUGGUUCACUGUGGGGUAAUUUAAGAUUUGCACACCUGUAAAAAUGCCUCCAUAAGUUCUUCACAAGUAUAAACAUUAUUCUCUGAAAAGGAAAAAAACAUCCUACUUCCUUAUAAAACUGCUGAGAAGCAAGCUUUAAAUAAAUAAACACUUAAGAUCAGUUCCACAGUGGGAGGCAUUUUAAAUAUCACUGCUUUAAAUUGAGUGACGUUUCAUCUAAAUAUGUUGAUGUAGGGGUUGGAUUCUGUCCAUUUACAUAUUCUACAAACACUGACAACGUGCUGCUAAUGCAUCUGUUCCUCAUCCAGCAACGUCACAUCACAAAAAGCAUGUAAUGAUCGGAAUCGGUUAAAAUCUUGAUGCUGUGGAAAAAAAAUAAAACAUUAAAUGUAUUCAUAGUGUAAGAGGAGCUGAUCCAAAUGAACAGAGCUGUGGGAUAAGUUUUCGCUUUGGGCAAACUUGCAUGUUUCAGAUCAAAUAAAUUUUUAUUUGAAAGAUAA